AUGCCUUUCUCUGUGGGAGACAUCAGCCCUGUGGCCUCAUGAAUAUAUUAUAGUGGGUUAUUGUGCAAUGAGGGAGGUAUACUUCACUGCCAGGUUAUGGCCUUCCCAAGCACGGACUACAGCUGCACGCGGCGGCUCUGGCUCUAUUAGUUAACGCUGCUUAUUACUGAUAAGCACGAGAAGCCUGUAUUAUUUUUUAUUUUUUUAUUCUUCCAAUAAAUAAUAGUGCUGUUAUCGAUAUGUCGGCGAGUCUGUUUGCUCCUUCACUGCAAGAGACGUAAAGAAAAAAAAAGAAAAGAAAAGAAAAGCCAGCGUGAAUAACAGCGUUGGUAGAUUGUACUGUACAGUAGUGGGCUAAUUAAACCCAGCUGCGACACCACGGCUAACGUCGGCUAGCUGUCUACAAAGCAGCUGGACGCUCAGAUACCCACUGGUUACUGCGCGCUGCGACCUCAACAUAUCAGCGUUUGAAAGCAUUUACAAGGCGGUUCAGCCAGGGCUGCCACUUCAGGACUGCAAGGGCUCUGUAAUGAUCCCUCCAUUCAUCCGAUGAACCACCUCAACUACAUGAAACCUUCCCUUCCUCCCACUCCACAAAGCAGUGACGGCUCCUUCCUAAAUGACUCUGUCUCCUGGCAACCAGGCACCAAUCAGCACACAGGAUCUCUCUCCGUAGUAACCACAGUGUGGGGCGUGACCAAUCCCACACACAACCAGGUGUUUGGUGCACCAAUGGGCCCAGGGGAGAACUCCGGUGGUCACAUGAUGCCUGGAGGCAGCCCUGGUAUGGGUGCUGGCAUGGGCUCCCAGUUCAUGGGGCAGCAGUCCUAUGGAGAUGCUGUCUCUAAGGGCUAUGGCCAGCCUGGCAUGUAUGGACGUCCCAGUGCUGCUUACAACCCAGCCUCAGGCUAUAGCGGAAGUUACUCUGGUAACAGUGGAGGUGCUGGUUUGGGUGCUCGCCCCCCCUCAGACUUCACCCAAGCUGCUGCAGCUGCUGUUGCUGCUGCUGCCGCCACAGCAACUGCUACAGCUACAGCAACUGUUGCGGCAAUCCAGGAAAAACAGAAUCAGGAACUCACCUAUGGCCAGAUGGGUGGGGCAUCCUCUUACAGCACCCAAUUCCUGUCUCACGCGAGCCCCCGUGGCCCUCCAGGGAUGAAUCCUGGUGGGAUGGUUCCCUCUAGGCCUGGACCUCCACCUUCCAUUGGGGGCAUGUAUCCUUCUCACCCCACUCAGACUCAGAGGAUGCCCCAGCAUGGAGGCUAUCCAGGUGGACAACAAGGACUAAAACGACCUUUCCAUUCAGAGGGUUUUCCAGUGCAACAGUAUAGCUCUGGUGGGAUGUCAGCAUACCCUAACCAGCCUCUGCAGUACCCCACUGGUCCCCAGCAACGAUGUGCCCCGUCACCUUCUUAUUCCACCAACCGGAUGCCUCUCAUGGGCCAGUACACCUCUGGACCACCAAACCCAGCCCCGUUUCCCCCUGGAGCUGGUCAGCCCAAUUCUUCCCAGUAUUAUAAGUCAGAGCCAUUCAAUGGCCAGGGCAGCCUGCCAUCUGGAGGAGCAGGGGGAUACAAUGCCUUUACACAGGCUGCUGUGAACGCGCCAGGGAGGGGUGGAGUGAUGCCGGGAUAUCCUAGCUCUCCAAUGGGAGGGAAUCCCACUCCUCCAAUGACACCUGGAAGCUCUAUACCUCCCUACAUCUCUCCAGGACAGGACACAAAGCCCCACUACCUUCCACCUGACAGCAAGCCCAACAUAAAUGCCCAGCAGCCCUCUACAGGUAACCCCAGCGAUGACCUGCGUCUGACCUUCCCGGUACGAGAUGGGAUAGUGUUGGAGCCGUUUAGACUGGAGCACAACCUGGCUGUCAGUAAUCACGCUUUCCAUCUCAGAGAUUCUGUGUACAAGACCCUCAUGAUGAGACCAGAUCUGGAGUUGCAGUUUAAGUGUUACCACCAUGAGGACAGACAGAUGAACACGAACUGGCCUGCCUCUGUACAAGUGAGUGUCAACGCCACCCCUCUGUCCAUUGAAAGAGGCGAUAAUAAAACAUCCCACAAGCCCUUGUAUCUGAAACAGGUGUGCCAACCGGGACGUAACACCAUACAAAUAACAGUAACAGCCUGCUGUUGUUCGCAUCUGUUUGUGUUACAACUGGUCCACCGGCCGUCAGUCAGGUCGGUGUUACAGGGUCUGAUGAAGAAGAGACUCCUGCCAGCUGAACACUGCAUCACUAAGAUAAAGAGAACCUUUAGCAGUGGCAGUAUCCCAGGGACCCCAGGGUUGAAUGGAGAGGACGGGGUAGAGCAGACCUCGAUCAAAGUGUGUCUCAAAUGUCCCAUAACAUUCAGACGAAUACAGCUGCCAGCAAGGGGUCAUGACUGCAGACACAUACAGUGUUUUGACCUGGAGUCAUAUUUACAACUGAACUGUGAAAGAGGGACCUGGAGGUGUCCUGUGUGCAAUAAGACAGCUUUGCUGGAGGGACUGGAAGUUGACCAAUACAUGCUUGGGAUUCUGGUCUAUAUCCAAAAUUCAGACUAUGAGGAAAUAACCAUAGACCCUGUCUGUGGUUGGAGGCCGGUUCCUGUUAAACCGGAUAUACACAUAAAAGAGGAGUCUGAUGGGCCGGUCCUGAAACGCUGCCGCACAGUCAGCCCAAGUCACAUGGUCCUACCAAACGUCAUGGAAAUGAUAGCGGCCCUGGGCCCAUCGUCCUCGCCUUACCAGAAUCUGACCACAGGGGGCAGAAACACACCAGACUACAACAGUCCAGCGAGUCAAGGAUUCUCCAGCCAAACAGGAUUCCCAGACUUCCCCAACACUCCUGGUACUCCCACACUAGGAGAAUAUGCCUCCUCAGGACCACCACCACCACCCUCAAACCCCUAUCAGUCUGACCAGACGUCUCAUUCUGGACGAAUUGAACACUCCCACAACAUCCUGCAGCAGCAUAAUUCAGGUGUUUACGGUAACCAGAGUCUUGGUGAGGGUGGCAGUCCACUGACACAGAGGACCUCCAACACCCAGAAUUCUCGGCUGCAGGCAGAAGGCUCGUUUGUCCUGGGCGGCCCGGGAGCACAUGGAGGAGAGGGAACCGAACAUUCUCUGGAUCUUCUUCCUGACCUGACCAACCCAGAUGAGCUUUUGUCCUAUUUGGGUCCGCCCGACCUUCCCAACAACAGCAGCGAUGAUCUGCUGUCUCUGUUUGAGAACAACUGACGCCCCACUUCACAUUCGUACAUCAGCCAUCUUGUUGUCCGCCUGCCGCUUUGCCAUGAGCUGCAGCCCUGCCCACGUCAACAUAAGCACUGUUCCAUCUCUGUUCUUGGAUUUUAUUAUUUUAUUUUAUUUUUUUAAUUGUCAAUAGAAACUUCAUAGUGUAUGUGUUUCCACGCAAGCAUGUGCAUAUGGUUUGUUCUGUCAAUAUGUUGUAUUGUCAUUUUUUUAAGUGUCCUGCUGAACCUUGAAUUCAUACAGUUAAUACACAGCAACAGUCACACUUCAACACUGGCUAUAAGCGUAUGAAGAAUAACACUUAGGCACUAAUGUUGUAGACCAGCAGUUUAAACUAUAGCACAAAACACAAGCUGAAGGAUUUGAAUUUACAAUGUUACAUUUUUAGGCUGCGGGAUGUGUUAACUGACAUAUGAGGAAUCAAAAAAUAUGAAGCUUUCUCCUGUAAAUGUAAUAAUGCAUUGAAAUAAUCUCAGUGAAAUACUUACAGGUUUAUUAUGAAAGAUGGUGCAAUGAGCAGUUUGAAAAGCUGAGGAAAUGAAACACAGCUCUUGAACAUUGAAGGUUUUUAGUUCAAGAGUUGUCUUUAAUUUCUUUAACCAGUAGUUAUUUUCUUGUUUGGGCUUAUCUAUUUUGUCUUAAGCUCUGUGCUUUGGCUACAUAUCGGAAAAGCUGGCCAAUUUUUGGUUAUUUGCAAAAUAAAGGCCAGCAUAUAAACACAUUGCCAAGGUGUGCAGUGGACAGUAUAGUAGAUAAUUUUUGAAUACUUUGGGUCAGGAAAGAGGUUAACUGUAUGUUCAACAUCCUUCAGUACUGUGAAAAUACUGAAACUCACAACUUGUCCCUCUGUUUGGUUUUCAAGCAUAAAUGAAUGCAGCCGUUGUCUGUGUUUUUUCUGCCUGGUUUCCAUGUUUGUAAAUGUUUUGAAAUGUAUAACCCAUCAGGGCACGGGUUUGUGUACUGUAUAUUCAACUGUUUUCAUUAGAGAACGUGUGUAUCAAAUUUAUUGUUACUCAUGGUUAUAUCAAUGUUAUUAGUUGGAUGGAUUCUUGUUGGCACUAUAUACAUAUGUUAAAAAAUUGUAAAGCAUUUGAAAAAAUCUGGGACUAUACAGGUUUAUGUAUGACAAGAAAAAAUCAGAUGACAUUGAGUAGCGCAGUUAAAAAUGUCAUGUUCAAAAUGAUUCCUAAUGCCACUUUUUGAAGCUUUUUUUCUAUAAAUACUUAUAUGACUACUCCACUGGAGUUUGUACCCUUUGAGGUCCAAGACUGCCUAAGCAAGGCAACAAUAACUAUUUUUCUUUGUCACGUUGAGCAACACAAUUAUGGCAUAUUUGGGAUUUACGGACUAUUUAACUGCAAAUUAGGUAGGAAAAUAUUAAUUUAUUUGUUUUUAUUUCCUAAAUAUGUAAAGUAUUCCAUUUAUUUUAUAAGACAUUGUGAUUACCAUUAUUUUAUAUUUAUUUUUUAAUUAUAAUCUCCAUUUUAUUAAAUUUGCAUUAUUUUUUGUCCCUCCUGAAAGUCAGAUAAGAAUUACAGUCACAUCUUUGCCAAAUACAAUAAAUAUGCAAGGAUUUGUUUUGGUGA